CCAAAAAGCAAAAAGAAAAAAAAAAUCAUACCUUUCUUUUUCCCUUUUUGAAGAGCCAUGAAAAUGUCCAAGUUGGUGCAACAUUCAAGCAGUUUUGCUUUUUUCGUAUUCCUUUUGACAAUUUUGGGAGAUUUAAUGAGUUGCGUAGAAGCUAAGGCAUUUUUCGUGUUUGGGGACUCAUUAGUCGAUAAUGGAAACAACAAUUACUUAGCCACCACGGCCAGAGCAGAUUCUCCACCUUAUGGCAUCGACUACCCGACCCAUCGCCCCACGGGCCGUUUUUCAAAUGGGCUUAACAUUCCGGAUAUAAUUAGUGAAAAAAUGGGGUGGGAGCCCACAUUGCCAUACCUAAGCCCAGAGCUUAAGGGAGAGAAACUGCUUGUUGGUGCCAACUUCGCCUCUGCUGGGGUUGGUGUACUUAAUGACACUGGAAUCCAAUUUGUAAGUGAACAUUAUUCGAAUUUACCAACAAUUGAGUUACUUUGAGCAAUACCAGCAGAGAUUGAUUAGUGUAAUUGGAGAAGAAGAGAGUAAAAAUUUGGUGGAGGAUUCUUUGGUGCUGAUGACGUUAGGUGGUAAUGACUUUGUCAACAACUAUUAUUUGGUCCCUUACUCUGCCAGGUCACGCCAAUAUGUCCUCAAAGAUUACGUCCCUUUUGUCAUCUCCGAGUAUAAAAAAGUCUUACAGAGACUAUACGAUCUUGGGGCCCGUCGGGUUAUAGUGACGGGAACCGGGCCAUUAGGGUGCGUGCCGGCAGAAUUGGCCCUACGCAGCAACAAUGGAGAAUGCUCGGUAGAAUUACAAAAGGCUGCAUCAAUAUACAACCCUCAAUUGCUUCAAAUGCUCGAUCAAAUCAACCAAGAAGUUGGCUCUAGUGUUUUCAUCGCGGCUAAUGCCAAUCAAAUGCAUAUGGAUUUCAUCUCUAAUCCUGCACAAUUCGGAUUUACAACAUCAAAAAUGGCAUGUUGUGGACAAGGCCCAUUUAAUGGGGUUGGGCUUUGCACGCCACUAUCAAACCUUUGCCCCAAUAGGGAUUUGUACGCGUUUUGGGAUCCCUUUCACCCAUCCGAACGAGCCAAUAGAAUUAUUGUGGAGCAAAUCUUGGGUGGAUCCAAUACUUACAUGCACCCUUUCAACCUCACCACCAUAAUGGCUUUGGAUUCAUUGAAAACCAAAACCCAUUAAUUUCUAAAGCCUUCAAUUUUUGAUGCCUCAACAAAUUAAUUAAAUAAGUGUAUCAGGCUGCAAGCCAAGACAUUAUUUUGUUGUUUCGUUGUUUUGUUGUUUCAGGAAGUGUAUCUCUCAUAAUCCAACUUUUUAGUGAGAGUCGUUAUAUGUGUACUUUUGUGUUGGUAUUAAAUUAAUCAUGUGUUCCUCUUCCCAAGGUUUUUAUUGAUGGAACGAAAUCAUUAAGGACGAGGUUGUUGGGGAUUUGGUAAAAGAGUAGUGUGUUUGAAAA